AUGUCAUUCCGCCACUUCGCCAACUCGCGAAACCAGGCCGCUGGGAAAGACUCUGACGACACAGCAUCUGCAGAAUGCAUCUUGAAUGUUUUGAACGUCUUGAACGUCUUGCACGCGCUUCCAUCAUCAAAUUCCAUCGUGCAGCAGCUGUCAACCUUCAGCCAUAUCAAGCCGCCGGCGCACUGUGUUUCCGCGAAAGCUGAGAGGAUGGCGCCUUUGGCUGCGACAGACUCUGCAACGACGGAGAUUCCAAGACUCCACCACGUCUGCGCAACCAGGAAACCGGGCCCUACCGAGCAGUCUGUGUUGAAGAACACCACAGUUCCACGAGUAUCUGCUUUUGAUCUCUUUCACCGAGACAUUCUAGAGUACUUACGGCCAUACGUGCGUCUGUUGGUAUCACUUCCUCCUUCAUCCGAAGCAGGUAGGUCAUCAGGACCUACCCGGGAUACAACCGCCAACGUGGCUGCUGCCGUGGCUCACCCGUCUUCCAUGCAUCCUGGGUCAGACCCCAUGGGUGUACCCCCCAGCUUUGCAACGCGGAGGCCUCACGCCCAGCAACUCGGCAGCUUUGAGCUCCCCCCACCACCCAUGCACAAAUAUCCCUUCACAAACACCGUCACCACGUCCCAAUCAUCACAGGCUCCGUCUACCAUAGGCAACCUUUUGACUCCGCCAAACACACACCAUAGUGAUGUGAUUGGUUCAUCCGGUGUUUCUACGAGCAGCGCCCCGUACUCCACGACAAUGGCAUACUCGAACGGGCAAUACGUCUACUCUCCGCCAGCGCAGGGAUCAGCAGGACAUUAUGGCUACCCACCCGCGCAUCAUCAACAGCAGCACCAAUACGGCCAAGCUCGUGGAGGUAUGUUUGCUCCACCGCGCGGUGACGGUCAGCUUGGACGACAAGACUCACUGGGCAAAGGGCUGAACCCGCCACCAUACGAAAUGAAUCAGCAACUUCCACCUUUUACGCCUUCGUCCAACGGAGCGAGCAUGCCCUCGAUAUCCACACAACAACAACAGCAGCAACAUCAACAGCACCACCACCAGCAACAACACCACCACCACCACCAACAGAUGAUGAGCGCACAAACACCAGUCUCUUCCUCAGCACCACAACAAUCGCCUGCUCUCAGCCAGGACUCCUUCAGGCCACCCCAACCACCGACCCCAACAUACAGCUACCACACAGCCAGCACCCCCCAACACUCAAACUUUCCCUACUCCACCGGCCCAUCCCCUACACUAAGCCAACAACAAAGCCCCAUCAGCGCCGGCGGUUCCAUGCCCCGCAUGUCCCCCGCCGUAUCCCAAGGCUCUAUCCCCUCGAUCCCUUCGAACAACCCCUCACAAUCGCCCUACCAAUACCAACAGAGACCACCACUACAAUACCCUGGCGGCCAAGCCCCCGUCUUCUCCAACGUCCAAAACCCCAAUGGCGGACUUGCCUUGGUCGGGGGACAUCCAGCCAUGAUGCCUGGGUUCAACAGUGGACAUGCGGCUGCUAUGCCGCAUUUUAUGGGUCAUCCGCAACAUCAGCAACCAGCUGCCAAUGACCGGCCUUUCAAGUGUGACCAGUGCCCUCAGAGCUUCAACCGCAAUCAUGACUUGAAGAGGCACAAGAGGAUUCAUCUUGCCGUUAAGCCGUUCCCUUGCAACCACUGUGACAAGAGUUUCUCGCGCAAGGACGCCUUGAAGCGCCAUAUACUUGUCAAGGGCUGCGGAAAAGCCGCCGCAGACGACAACACGAAACGCGAAACCCCGUCGCCUAAAAUCGAGGACUCGAAAUCGCAUUGA